AUGGCAUCCUCAGCAGCUCCCCUCCGCCAUGUGCGAGGUCCCCUAGCCCGGGCUCUCGCUGCCCGCACAACAUUGCGUACCUUCGCCACCAUCCCCCCAGCUCCCUCUACGACCAGCACAUCAUCGACAACCUCGUCCGCAAGGCCGCCGACGACGACUCGACGCAAGACGUACUUCAAGGACAAGACAGUCGCAUCCCUCGACGACUUCAUCGCCGGCGGCGCCACCGGCGGCUCGGCGCCCCUCUCGCCCUCGGAAGCCUACGAGAUCCGCACAGUCGAGGUGACGACGGCCACGGGCAAGAAGAAGACGGUGACGCGGCUCCCCGAGUGGCUCAAGACGCCGAUCCCGGCAGGCAACGCCAACUUUGCAGCCAUCAAGAAGGACCUGCGCGACCUCAAGCUGUCGACCGUCUGCGAGGAGGCGCGGUGCCCCAACAUUGGCGAGUGCUGGGGCGGCGACGACAAGAACGCGGCGACGGCGACCAUCAUGCUCAUGGGCGACACGUGCACGCGCGGCUGCCGCUUCUGCAGCGUCAAGACGUCGCGCGCGCCGCCGCCCCUCGACCCCCACGAGCCCGAGCACACGGCCGAGGCCCUCGCGCGCUGGGGGCUCGGCUACGUCGUCCUGACGAGCGUCGACCGCGACGACCUCGUCGACGGCGGCGCCCGCCACUUUGCCGAGACCAUCAUGAAGAUCAAGGCCAAGAAGCCCGGCAUGCUGGUCGAGGCCCUGACCGGCGACUUCUGGGGCAACCUCGACAUGGUCAAGAUUGUCGCCGAGAGCGGCCUCGACGUCUACGCCCACAACGUCGAGACGGUCGAGGCCCUGACGCCCUUUGUGCGCGACCGCCGCGCCACCUUCCAGCAGAGCCUGGGCGUGCUGGCGGCGGCCAAGGAGGCCAAGCCUGGCCUCAUCACCAAGACGAGCAUGAUGCUGGGUCUCGGCGAGCAGGACCACGAGAUUGAGGAUGCUCUGAAGCAACUCCGCAAGGCCAAUGUCGACAUUGUGACCUUUGGCCAGUACAUGCGUCCAACGAAGCGCCAUCUCAAGGUGGAAAAGUACGUCACGCCCGACGAGUUUGAGAAGUGGCGUCUGCGCGCGCUGGACCUGGGAUUCCUGUACUGCGCGAGCGGACCCCUUGUCAGGAGCAGUUACAAGGCGGGCGAGGCCUUCAUUGAGAACGUCCUGCGCAAGAGGGCCGGCGGCAGCGGCAUGGUCAAGGAUCUCGGAUCGACCGUUGCAUUGGGCGAUGCGCCGAAGAUCCUGUAA